CUGCAGCUUCACUAUCGCGGAACCCUAAAGGCGCAACUUUCGCAGCCAGCCAUUGACCAUCACAACCAUGGGCUCGAGCUCCUCUAAGCCGGCCAGCGGCCAGGCCUCGCACGUCUGGAAAGCUUCCGGACCCAUAGGCGUAUCCCAGGACAUUGUCGAGUCGCUGCAAGGAAGCACUGAGACCGACACAUCCCGUGCACAAAGCCUCGAACUCGCCGUUCAAGCUCGCGUCGCCGAAGAGCUGAAGAAGCUCUCUUCACAAGAAUCUGAGGCACUCGCAGCCGCCCGCAAGAAGGCUUCCGAGAUCACAGAGGCUGAUGCCCAAAAGGAGGCCGGAAACAGUAGACAGACGGUCUCUAAGGAGGUCGAGGCACUUAGAACGAGACUUGAGAAGCGGAAACAACUUCGCGAUCUGCCUGAGAGCGUCGAGAAGUCGAGGAGCCAGGUCGUCCAGUGCUUGCUCGCCAACGAUCGUCGGCCGCUGAACUGCUGGAAGGAGGUCGAGGACUUCAAGGAGGAGGUCAGGAGGCUUGAGAAGGAGUGGGUCGAGAGAGUUGUGCGAUAAAUCUGCGGCUUCAGCAUCAAGAAUCAUGCUUGCUCAGCGAUAGAAGGGGAACAGAAUGCCCCUUUGUUGAUAUGUACAACUACAACAUAGAGGUCAUACAAAAGGCCAGGUAGACGGAAUGGUUCACUGCGUCACUAUCAUGAAACGGCGAUGUCGGUAUUAUUGGUCAUGUCAGGUCUGAAUUUAGGGCUAGGUCUAGAGGUUCAGCCUUAUCAGAGGUCUGGCCUUGAUUUCUCGCA